CAUCAUCAACCGUAGUACCCCUUUAACAGCCUAUAAAAGAAGUGCUUCAGUCCCAUAAGCUAAAGCAAGACCAACACACACAAUUAAGCCUCACAACACCCAACAAACAAACAUGCCAUUCCAUCAAAGCACCUUAUUCAGUCCUCGUUACGAACCCCCUUGCAAUCACUUCAUUGGAAAACCAUUGCAAACCAAUGGUUUUGGACCCAACCCGAAGAUAAUACACUUACCUAUCUCUGGAGGGACAUCACCGAUUGUUGUCAAUGCCUACGUGGAAUGGAAGGAGACCCCUGUGGCGCACGUGUACAAGGCACACGUUCCGGGGCUGAGGCAUGAUGAAGUGAGGGUGGAAGUGGAAAAUGGGAGAGAGCUUUGCAUCAUUGGGGAGAAGUUGGUGGAGAGAGAAACGAAGAAUGGGAGGGGGAACCUCGUGGAGCGUGUGAGAGGAAGGUUCAUUCAGAGUUUCAUUUUGCCUGAAAACGCCAACGUUAAUCGUGUGAAGGCUUACAUGGACAAUGGUGCGCUUGUUAUUAGUGUUCCCAAGUACUAGGUCGUCAACUACUCUUCUUGUCACUCUCACUCCCUUUCUGGUGUAGUGUAAUAUAUAGGAAACAAGAGUACAACAUGCUAUGUGUCCGUGCUACUACGUUGAAGUAAUUAACACGGUUGUGUAUCAACUAUAAAUAUAAAUAACUGAAGAAGGUGUAUGUGCCCUCUGCUUUCAUGUUUCA